AUGGAACAUGACGCCGGAAUCUCAACCGUGCAUACAACCUGUUUUCCCAGGCUGUUCUUGGGAUUGUUGGAUUCCAGAAUACCCGGUUCCGAGAGCACCAGGUAUAUGUACCGACUUCCUCCCGUUCCUUGUGUUGAUACCUUUCGUCUCCUUCAAUUCAGGUAUCGGAUAAAUCAACACGUAGUCGGCUCAUAUUUCUCCUCAGCCUUCCAUCCUCCUCCGCGAUCAUCACCAUGCAGAUCCAGAACGUCCCUCCUCUACUCUCUCCUUGCUGCGGUUCCAAGUUUUGCUCAAGAGGAAUCCUCCACCGCAGUUGGAUCCGCCGCUUCUGAAGCUGCCAGUCGUCUCAGCACUGCAGCAUCGGCCGCCUCUUCCCAGGUUAGCGUACAAGCUUCGAUUACUUCUGAAGUCGCCGCUUCUGUCUCAUCCGCCUCCGAAUCCACCGCCUCUACUCAAGAAUCCAUUGCUUCCAGCCUGAGCUCCGCGGAAGCUACUGGCGCUACCGGUGCAGCAUCCUCGCUCUCGGCUCUGAGUACCUCGGCCAGUUCUGUUCUCGCCAGUCUCAGCAGUGACGCCGCCAGUGCUCUGAGUAGUGCCACCAGCGCUGCAAGCUCUUCCGCCUCUUCUGCUUCAUCUGCCGUCUCCUCCGCCGUCUCUUCCCUGGCUAGUGCCGCCACUGAAACAAGUACUGACAAUGCCGCCGCCGCUGCUGCUCUGCCAACUGGUUUGAGCGGUGCCGCUGGUGUUGCCCUGUUGGGCCUUGCAGCUUUGUUGUAA